AUGGUUGGAACCUGUGGUUCUCACAUUCCAAGAACUUUAAUCAGCGAUUUGAACACUACGUACCCAUUUUUCAGCUACCCGAAGGAUGCAAUCGGACUAACCGACAAAGCAGCUCAGCGCGAGAAUGCCUCUCUGGUGUUCCAAGGUCUCGCCUUCGGCGCCGGUUUUAUGGACACUCCACAUGGUAAUCUCCAUAUAUUAAUUGACCGAAACCUGCGGCCGAAGACUGGAACCACAUAUCGUGAUCAAUUAAGUUAG